UGUAGACAACAACGCAUAUUUUGUCUUUCGAAAAGUUUUUUGCAAGUUUCAACCAGAAAAAAAAAAUAUUGAAAAUUUUAGGAAAUUCAUAAAAAAAAUAUUUAAAAAUUUCAAACCUGAAAUGAAAAUUUCCUUAAAACAGUGUUAUAUUGGUUUGUCGGCAAUUUUAAUUGGUUUUAUUCUAAACAGUUACAAUGCAGAGGCCAUACAUACUGAAGAGGGUCUGGAAUUAUUAUUCAGACAGAGAACCAACUCCGACUGGGAAGAUGUCUGGCAUAGUGAGACGCAUUCACGCUGUCGCGAUAAACUAGUACGUCAACUGUAUUGGGCCUGUGAAAAAGAUAUCUAUCGUUUGACUCGACGUAAUCGUAAACGCACCGAUGAAACUUUCAAUAAACGUAGUAAAUCUCAUACAUUUCUACCCAUGUGGCUGCAGCCGAAUUUUGCUCAAACACUUUUAAGGACACGUCGUUCAAAUGCCCAUUCCAUAACCACUGAAUGCUGCACUAAGGCAGGUUGCACUUGGGAAGAAUAUGCUGAAUAUUGUCCCUCAAAUAAGAGACGUAAUCAUUAUUGAAGUUGUGAUCGUUGCAACAAGGAGGCAGAUGAGAUGGGAAGGAA